CGCUUUGGCCCGCUCUCCGGCUGACUGACGGACAACAACAGUGUUUUGUUGUAGAGGGGGGAGGAAAAAAAAAAAAAAAAGGCGACCGGGAGGGAACACGCGUGUUCGCCAAGGUCUUUCUUUCGCCCUGUCUGAGUUUUUGUGGAGGUUUCGCCGGAAUCUGGCAGAAUGAAAGCGCGCGCCGCCGCGUUCCUCCUCACGUGCUGUGUGUGCGGCCUGUGCGCGCUCGCAGGUGUCUUGGAGGAAGAGGAUAAGCUUAUGAAGACACUGUUCAGCAACUACAACCUGAAAGUCCGGCCAGCCAAGACACCAGGUGCCAAGGUGGUGGUGAGAGUGGGCAUGACACUGGCUUCCUUUGUCAGCUUGAACAUGAGAAAAGAGGAGAUGAGCACAGUUGUUGUCAUGAACCUGGAGUGGACAGACCACCGUCUGUCCUGGAACCCUGCAGAAUACGGUGGUAUUGAUGUUCUGAGAAUUUCCUCUGGGAAAGUGUGGCUUCCAGAAAUUGUCUUGAUCAACAAUAAUGAUGGGGUGUUUGACGUGGCCCUUCAUGUGCAUGUUCAGGCUUACAGCAACGGUAAAGUUACCUGGUCACCUCCAGCCCUGUUCAGUAGCUCUUGUGGUGUCAAGGUGCAAUACUUCCCCUUCGACUGGCAGAACUGCUCCAUGGUGUUCCGCUCCUACACGUAUGACUCCUCUGAAGUGGACCUGCAGUAUGCUGUGGAUGAAAAUGGGGAGGAGAUCCACGAGAUUAUCUAUGACGCAAGCUUUAGUGAGAGUGGUGAGUGGUAUAUACGGCACAAGCCAUCUAGGAAGAACAUCCGAAAGGACUUGUAUGAGGACAUCACCUUCUACUUGAUCAUUGAAAGGAAACCGCUAUACUAUGUCUUCAAUAUCGUUAUUCCAUGCAUUUUAAUCACCAUUAUUGCCAUCUUCAACUUCUACCUGCCCCCAGAUGCAGGUGAGAAGGUGGGCCUCUCCAUCAACGUCUUGCUCACUUUAACUGUGUUUCUGCUCCUACUGGCUGACAAAGUUCCAGAAACUUCUCUGGGGGUUCCUGUCAUUGUGAAGUACUUGAUGUUUACCAUGACCUUGGUCACUUUCUCAGUCAUCCUUAGUGUGGUGGUGCUCAACCUGCACCACCGCUCCCCCAAUACCCACCAGAUGCCCCUUUGGGUGCGCAAGAUUUUCAUCCACAUGCUGCCCCCAUACCUGGGACUUCUGAGACCCAAAUCCGAGACCCCGCUCUCUCUGGAACAGCACCCGAAGCGGGAGAUGUCCGUGACCAUCAACAGAGCCGCUGAUGAGUAUUUCAUCCGCAAGCCUAAAACCUUCUUCCUACUCCCCAAACCCAACAGGUACCAGCCAGAGGGUUUCUGUACCGAUCUGCGCAAGUUCAUCGACGGCCCCAGCCAUUAUCUCACCCUUUCCCCUGACCUCAAGUCGGCCAUCGCUGCCAUUACGUACAUCGCAGAACAGCUGCAGGCUGAGAAAGACUAUGAAGCCCUGAAGGAGGACUGGCAGUACGUGGCCAUGGUGGUUGACCGGCUUUUCCUCUGGAUCUUUGUUGUCUUCACCACUAUCGGCACUUUGGGGAUCUUUGCUGAUGCCAGCUUUAAUACCACUCCCAGUGACCCCUUUAUGAACCCUAACCCUUGAACGUUGUCUCCCUCCAUGGUUCACCGUGUGUGUGUGUGUGUGU